AUGGCUACAGCUUUCGGUUGGGAUGAAAGCCAAACAAGAGCAACCAGUGUCCUGGCUGGCGAGGAUGCAGCAAACCAAACAGAUCAAUUAAAGAAAUACUGCGACAAAUUCAUUGAAUUCAUACGUACAUUUCGUAUCGACAAUGAAUUCUUGUACAGGGACAUGAUCCGUGGAUCCAUAAUGGCUAAAAAGUACUUUAUUGAAGUUGAUUUGGCACAUUUGAUGAGCUAUGAUGAGGGACUUGCAAAUGAUUUGAAGGAACGACCUGGUGAUUUAUUACAUCAGUUCGAACUGGCUGUAGAGUCAGUUGCGAAGCAAAACACUCUGUCAUCAACUACGACUACCUCUGACGAGAUGUCGAAUCAAUGGCAAGUCAUGGUGCUGUCUAAUGCAAAUCCAGUUCCUAUUCGAGAUCUAGACUCCACCUACAUCUCUCAUCUCGUUCGUCUCUCUGGAAUCAUCAUUUCAGCAUCCAUGCUGUCUGCGAAGCCAACUGAAAUCCACUUGAGAUGUAAAUCUUGUCGUGAUGUCCAAAUCGUGGCUCCCAAGAGAGGAAUGGAGGGUAUUGAAAUGCCGAGAUCUUGUUUAGCUGGAAGAAAUCAAGAAACGGGAUCAAAGAACUGCGGACCCAAUCCUUAUGAGCUUGAUAUGGACAAGUCCAAGUUUGUUGAUUCGCAACGAUUAAAAUUACAAGAGGCUCCUGAUAUGGUGCCUGUUGGUGAAUUGCCUAGGCAUAUGCUGUUGUAUUGUGAUCGUUGGUUGACGGAAAAAGUCAUUCCUGGUACUCGAGUGACGGUGACUGGUAUUUUCGCUAUAUAUGACAAUUCGGGUAAAUCCAAAGGUCCCGUCGCCAUUCAACACUCUUACAUCCGUGUUGUCGGCAUGCAGACGGAUGUGGAAGCAAGUGGUCGAUCGAAUAGGACCUUCACUCCCUCGGAAGAAGAGAUCUACCUCGCAAUGUCUCGUCGACCAAACAUUUACGAAGAGUUCGCUAGCAGUAUUGCACCACCUAUUUAUGGCAAUGAAGACAUUAAGAAGGCCAUUGCAUGCCUGCUUCUGGGUGGAUCUAAAAAAAUCCUACCAGAUGGAAUGAGAUUACGAGGAGAUAUUAAUGUGCUCUUGUUGGGAGAUCCUGGUACAGCUAAAUCUCAGUUGCUCAAGUUUGUUGAGAAGGUUGCUCCCAUUGGUGUAUAUACUUCUGGAAAGGGUAGUAGUGCUGCAGGUUUGACGGCUUCUGUUGUUCGUGAUCCAAGCACGCGCGAGUUUUACUUGGAAGGAGGUGCCAUGGUGUUGGCUGAUGGUGGUGUUGUAUGUAUUGAUGAAUUUGACAAGAUGAGAGAAGAAGAUCGUGUUGCUAUUCAUGAAGCCAUGGAACAGCAAACCAUCUCUAUUGCCAAAGCAGGCAUCACAACAAUUCUCAACUCUCGGACUUCGGUAUUGGCUGCUGCUAAUCCUGUAUUUGGUCGAUAUGAUGACAUGAAGACUCCUGGGGAGAACAUUGACUUCCAAUCUACCAUCUUGUCUCGUUUCGACUUGAUCUUUAUUGUGAAGGAUGAAUGGAAUGAAGCCCGUGAUAGAACGAUUGCCAAACACGUGUUGAAUGUACAUAUGAACAACCGUACUGCUCAAUCUGAAGCAGCAGUAGGGGAAUUUGAUAUGCAGAGAAUGCGAGGGUAUAUCAGUUAUUGCAAGACAAAAUGCGCACCAAGGUUGACACCAGAAGCAGCAGCUAAAUUGAGUAGUCACUUUGUGGAAGUUCGUGGCAAAGUUGCACAAAUGGAGAAAGAUAAUCAAAGAAAGUCUGCCAUCCCUAUUACUGUUCGUCAAUUGGAAGCCAUUGUCCGUGUAUCAGAAUCGGUAGCAAAGAUUGCACUUUCACCUGUUGUUACUGAACGACAUGUGGAUGAAGGCAUUCGACUAUUCAAUGUUUCAACCAUGAGUGCAGUAGAUUCAGGACGAGUUGAGGGACUUUCUCGUGCCGAGUAUAAUGAAGAAGUAGGACGUAUACGUGAUCAAAUCAAUCGUCGUCUUCCAGUUGGAUCUCAAGUAUCUGAGAGAGCUCUGAAAGAUGACUUGAUUCGCCAGGGAUUCACGAAUGCAGCAGUAGAUCGUUCGAUUGGAAUGAUGGUUGGUCGAGAGAUCUUGCAAUACAAGCAACGUAGGAUGGUCUUGUUCCGUGCUGGAUUGUAG